UCGAGCCUUGGCCCGUAUUUGCUCUCAACUUUUUUUUUUUCAUUCGUUACUUUAUUUUAAAACGCGAACGAUGUGAUGUGAACGUUUUAAAAAAAUAUAGUGAUGUCGAUGUAUGUAUUCGAUUUGUUCCAAUUUUGAAUCAGUCGGGGUGAACGAGAAAUAGAACGAUUCUGCCAUGAUUAUCUUCAUAUUCCUGCUGGCCGUGACCGCAGCCGCCGAUGUAGACAUGGUCACAGAACCACCAUGUCCUUCGUGCCUCCUAAUGAACACAACAUGUUACAACAUGUCCUACCUCUUCGAUCUCGACGCUCCCUUCAGAAAACAGGUUGUCAUUACCAAAAUGGACCUUCUCAGGUCCAAAAACAUGCUCUACUUCAGUUUCGAACCAGUUUUCGAAGACGAAGAAUAUUACAAAACUGGUUUCGUCAAGCUUGAAGAUCUUAGUUACCAUGGCAUCAUUACUGGGAGUCAGAUCCUUAAUCUGGGGACUUUUGACAUAGAUCAGGCUAAUGGACAAAUUUAUUUCGGCGGCAGCGAUGGCAUAUUCGUUUUGGAUACGAAUAACAAUCAAAUGGCGUCAUAUAGUAGUCGAGGCGAUACAAUAACGAAUGUAUUUUAUAAAAACCAAGUUUAUUUUGUUCGAUAUGACGACAAAGGGAUAAUUGUCAAACAGGGAGAUUACUUCAAGACUAUUCUAGAAUAUUGGACUGUAAAGAAGUUUGUGGUGGUUGAAAAGGACACUGUUAAUGUUAUUGUGUUCUUAAGUAAUUUGGGCUUGUUUGUUAGUAAGGGAAAGGUCGUGCAUCGUCUCUCUAAGAACGCUUUCUUCAGAGGUCUUGCUGUUGAUUUGGAUGGUGAAGUGUACGCGUGGUGGUUGGACGGUAUCUACAAAGUUACAAUUUCAAAGAAUAUAAUCCAUUCAAGGAUUGAGAAGGUAACCAAUCUCCCUUUGAUUGGAGCUAUGACUUUUGACAACAAUAAUAAUAUUCUCAUUGCUUCUGAUAAAUCUUUAUAUUUAAUGGCGAAGACGACGCAUAGCUGUGGUGUAGUCAAGCCAGCAAAUUAGAUGUAUUAAUAUAUAUAAUACCUGUAUAUAUUUCAAGUAGUUCAUCAAUAGGUACUAAGUAUGUACCUAUUAUAGUGAAUUAUAUAAUAGGGUAGAUGCCUAAUUUUUAUUUUAAUGUCCGUCU